AUGUUUAUCACUUCGCAUUCAUUGCCCUCAGUUAACUUUAUAACGAAAAUUUUUUUUAAAAAUGCCGAGUCUUUUGGCCGGGGAUUGAUACAUAAAAAAGUAUGUUUGGUAAACAAAUCAAUUUUUUAUCAAGGAUUUCGUAAUUGUGAAAAUCUUCAUGCAUCGCCCCGGUUAACGCCUCUUGAGGUAAAUCAUAUACUUCAAGCAAAUGAAUUCACCAAAGAAUUUACCUCGGGUUUUCCUAUUAAAUCCUAUGAUUCAAAUCAACUACCUUCGAAUGAACCCAUGGAAGAUACAAGGACAGAAGCUCGAUGCCUUUACAAUAAUGGUUAUUUAUUUGGAGUCUUCGAUGGUCACGGUGGAGAAGCUUGUGCGCAAGUUAUUGCUAAAAGAUUAUUCCAUUACAUAACAGCACAUUUUCUUUCUCAUCAACAGUUACAGUCACUGUCUGAAGCCAUUAUUAACACUGACAGUUAUUCGAAUAAAAUAUUGGAAUGUUACAAUGAACGAUUUGAUUUUGUGGAUGUAUUAAAAAAUUUAUAUGCCAACAGCUUUCAAAUAUUAAUUAAAGAUUUAUUAAGUAAUACUAGAGAAAAUAUGUCUAUUGAAACUGCAUUAGAAAAAUCAUUUUUAAGGUUGGAUGAUGACAUUUCAAAGGAAGCAUUGGAAGCUGAAACAAUAACUGGAAUAAGUAAGAAAACAUUUUCUGUCGCCAUGUCUGGAGCUGUUAGCUGUGUCGCUUACAUCACCGGUCCUAACUUAUACAUUGCCAACGUUGGAGAUUGUCAAGCUGUAAUCGGAAGGUUGGCUGAUAAUGGACAGUGGAGUCCUAAAACUAUAAGUAUUCCUCACAACGCUGACAAUAUUUCAGAAGUAAAAAGAAUAUUGAGUGAGCAUCCGAAAUCAGAAGAAAAUAGUGUUAUAAAGGGAGAAAGAUUACUCGGUCAUUUGGCUCCAUUAAGAGCCUUUGGAGAUUUUAGAUAUAAAUGGAAUAAAGACUUACUCGAGAAAAUGGCUGGCCCUUAUUUUGGAACUCAUGCAGUGCCUGGAGAUUAUCACACUCCACCUUAUUUAACGGCCAAACCGGAUAUUUAUCAUCAUCAUUUGACAAUAAAAGAUAAAUUUUUAAUAUUAGCCACAGAUGGAUUGUGGGAUUUCAUUUCACCUCAACAGGUUGUUCGAAUGGUGGGUGAACACAUGCGAGGGAAAACGGCAUUGACUCCCUUUCGUCUUCCAAAAGAAAAUAUGACGCUAGGAGAAAUUAACGAAGCGUUAUUAGUUAGAAAAGAAUGUUUGGCAGUAAAACCGACCGAUACGAACGCGUGCACUCAUCUUUUGAGAAAUGCUCUCGGGGUCACAGAAUAUGGACUCGAUGAGACGAGGAUAGCACAAUUUUUAUCUUUACCUCAAGACAUAGUUAGAAAUUUUCGAGAUGACAUAACAAUCACCGUUAUUUAUUUCGAUUCUGAUUAUUUGAAAAAAUACAUGCCCGACGAUAAAUGA